AUGCCCAAGCCAGAGCCAACUGCUACCACAACCAUGCCAUGGGGCAGCAACAGUUCAAGGAACAAUCAGGAGGACUAUGAUGAUGAAGAUGCCAUGAGUGAAGUGUAUUCGACUGUCCACGGCAAUGAAGAAUCUGCAGAGCUGAAGACUGCCAAGCAGAAAAAGGAGGAAGAAGCCAUGCUGGUUCAGGCAACCCAAGAGAACAAGGCUGUGUGGAUGUUUCGCAUGUUGACAACCUUGGUUCUGGUGGCAGUAGCUGUGGCUGUCUGCUUGGUCGUGGCACUCAAUGAGAAGAAUAACGAGAAGAAGGACUUUGAAACCGCCUUUCAAGAGUUGGGCGGGCAGCUUGUUACCACAUUUGAGUCUCACGUCGUUCAGAGGAAGGGAAUCAUUGACAAUUUCUCCAUGGAAUUGACUUCUGAUUGCAAGAACGACCUCAACUGCACUUGGCCGUUCUUUACCCCAAAUGACUUCGAACGUCGAGCCAAGAUGACCUCAGAGCUUGCCACCAUUACACAGCUUUUUCUUUUGCCCAGGGUCUACUCAGAACUUGAGGAAGUGUGGGUUGAAUAUACUCAAGAGAAACAAGGUUGGAUUGUAGACAGCCUGAAGGCGCAAGGCAGAGAAGAACCCAUUGAAGCCAGCCCAGUCCCCCCCUUUGUCUACAAGACAGUUGGUGGAAAGCCCAUCCCCAUGAACGCCAGCUUGUGGGAUCAGUACUUUCCUGUGUGGAUGCAGUUUCCUGCUGCCACAAUGACCUUUGUCAACUACAACAUCUACGGAUCAACCGAAGUUGGAAAGCUCCAGAUUGAUGCUGUUUACGAGACCGGAAUGCCUUCCUUUCCAAGGUCCGUCAACUUUUGGGAUGAGAGCACGCAUGAAAGUGUUGUUUACCAGCUGAUCAAGCUGAUGUCUCCAGAGUAUAAUGGGGAUCCCUUCUAUACCGGCUACUCUCCCGUCUGGAGUAGCUUGGAUCCAAAUGACGAGACAAGGGAAAUUGUUGCGGUUCUUGUGAUAGGAGUUGUUUGGAACACAUACUUCCAAUCUGUCUUGCCAGAAGGAACGAAGGACAUCACUGUCAUUCUUGAGAAUCAGUGUAACCAGACCUUCACCUAUUCUGUCGGUGGGAAGACCGGAGAAUUCCAAGGGUUUGAAGACUUCCAUGACCCCAAGUACGACUACCUUGAGUUGGGCAGCAACAUCAACGAUGUGAUUGGAAUCGAUCGAGACCAGUUCACUUUGAAUGGGGGAAACUGUGACUACAGCAUUCGUGUCUAUCCCUCCAAGGAAUUUGAAGAGUCCUUCUAUACCAACCGCGCCACUGUUUAUGCCCUGGCCUUGGCUUUUGUCUUUGUCUUCACCUGCUCCGUCUUCCUCUUGUAUGAUCGCAUGGUUGAGCUCCGUCAAAAGAAGGUGAUGAAGGCAGCAUUACGAUCUGGAAAGCUGGUUUCAUCUUUGUUUCCCGAAGAGGUGCGAAACCGACUCUACGAAGAAGAAGAGGCCAAGAAGAAGGCUGUUGAACCAGGCUGGAAAAGUAUGAAAGCUUCGGAACGCCAAUCUCAGUCUCAUGCCAUCGCCACUCUCUAUCCCGAAACUACAAUCUUCUUUGCUGAUCUUGCUGGCUUCACAAAAUGGUCUUCAUCUCGUACUCCUGUUGAGGUGUUCGAUCUCUUGGAGACGGUGUAUGGUGAAUUCGACAAAUUGGCCAAGCGAUACAAAGUCUUCAAAGUUGAGACUAUUGGUGACUGCUAUGUGGCUGUCACUGGUCUUCCCAAGCCGCAAGAAGAUCAUGUGGUACUGAUGGUUAAGUUUGCUCGAUCAUGCAUGGCCAAGUUCCAGCUUUUGACCCUGGAUCUGUCGGAAACUCUAGGAGAGGACACCAAAUCUUUGGAAAUGAGAGUUGGCCUUCACAGUGGUCCUGUGACAGCCGGGGUACUUCGUGGAGACAAAGGUCGAUUCCAGUUGUUUGGAGAUAGCGUCAAUACUGCAAGUCGAAUGGAGAGCAACGGUGUCAAAGCAAAGAUCCAUUGCAGUGAAGCAACCGCUGAGGCUUUGCGCAAGGCAGGAAAAACAAACUGGCUGCUCCCCAGGGAAGAUAAGAUCGUGGCAAAAGGCAAAGGCGAAAUGCAAACAUACUUUGUUGAAGUGAAGGGGCUUGCUGCAACCAGUACAUCCGGUUCUGCUCUCUCGUCGGUGUCUAUUCGAAACUUGUCGGCAUCGGGUGUAGAAGGCUCAGGCGCACAGGACAGUCAAAGUGACAUCGAGGUUUAG